UAUAUAAAUACAUCCUCCUUAAAUGCCACCAGUCCACCGGGGCCGGCACCAACAUUACCGCCACCAGUUUAAUCUUGGAGAGCAUUUCAGAAAUGGCGGAAGAAGAAGUAGCGGAGAACAAGCAGGUGAUACUGAAGCACUAUGUCAGUGGUUUUCCAAAAGAGAGUGAUAUGGAAAUCAGAACCACCAAAACCCAGCUGAAGCUCCCGGAAGGUUGUUCGGGGGCAAUUUUGGUGAAGAAUCUCUACUUGUCUUGUGACCCUUACAUGAGAAACCGCAUGAGGAAGAUGGAAGGCAGCUACAUUGAGUCCUUUACUCCUGGCUCCCCUAUAGGAGGAUAUGGAGUGGCUGAAGUUUUGGAUUCUACUCAUCCAAACUUCAACAAAGGCGAUCUGGUUUGGGGAAGGACUACAUGGGAAGAUCGUAGCAUUAUCACUUCAACAGAAAGUCUUGCUAAGAUUCAGCACACAGAUGUGCCUCUGUCCUACUAUACAGGCAUCCUGGGUAUGCCCGGAAUGACUGCUUACGCUGGUUUUUUCGAGGUAUGCUCUCCUAAGAAAGGAGAACGUGUCUUUAUUUCAGCCGCUUCUGGAGCUGUUGGCCAACUUGUUGGGCAAUUUGCAAAGUUAUUUGGUUGCUAUGUUGUUGGAAGUGCUGGAAGCAAAGAAAAGGUUGAUUUAUUGAAGAACAAGUUCGGGUUUGACAAAGCUUUUAACUAUAAAGAAGAGGCAGAUUUAAAUGCAGCUCUUAAAAGGUAUUUUCCAGAUGGUAUUGAUAUUUACUUCGAUAAUGUAGGAGGAAAGAUGCUUGAUGCCGUGCUUCUACACAUGACCCUCCACAGCCGCAUUGCUGCUUGUGGCAUGAUUUCACAAUAUAAUCUUGAGCAGCCAGAAGGAGUUCGCAAUCUGAUGUGCUUGAUCACCAAGCGAAUUCGAAUGGAAGGAUUUCUAGUGUUUGAUUACUAUCAUCUCUAUCCUAAGUUCCUGGAAAUGAUUAUCCCACAGAUAAAAGAAGGGAAGAUCACUUAUGUGGAAGACAUAGCUGAAGGCCUUGAGAAUGCCCCGCGUGCUUUGAUAGGGCUAUUCUCGGGGUGCAACAUUGGGAAGCAGGUGGUAGCUGUUACCCGUGGAUAGUGUACAUCAUCUAGAAUUGUCCUUUUCAAGGAGAUAUGCUACUUCAGUAAAGAGACUUCAGCAGCUCACUCCCUGUGAGCUUGUUGCUGUGCCUGAUGUAGAUGGUGCUACUAUCUGGUUGCUUAGCAGUACCAGAUGCGUUACAGUUAGAUCAGCUUUAAAAGUUCUUUGUCCUGCUGGAAAUAAUGUUCCUUGUCAUAAACUGGUUUGGGAUAAGGGAUCCAUACCCGAGUUCUAUGCCCGAGUUCUCUUUUAUCUUGUGGCUGCUAUGUACAAGGAGAUUGUAUACGAAAGAUAAAAUGAGAAGAUUAGGAUGUUUGAAAGGCUCUUCUGACUGUGUUUUAUGUAAUGGUGCAGAGAAGUCUAUCAAACUCCUAUCUUUUGAGUGAAAAAUGUGCCUUAUGCUCUGUUUUCAGAGGUUCAUACUCUUGCUUUGUGGAACUUAGUUGGCUAUGUUAGCAUUGGAAGUCAAAUACACUUGUGGAUAAAUUCCGUAGGCUGGCUCUUGCUGUUACGGUCUACUAUGUGUGGAGAGCUAGAAAUGAAGCAAUUUUUCAGGAGAGACAUUUUUCUGCAGUUGGCAUCAUGACAAACAUAGUUGAAGCACUGAGGCACACAGGAACAUCCUGGAGAGGAGUCUCCAGAACCAAAGAAAUCUGUAAGCUGAUCCUUGAAUAUGGUAUUUCCCACAAGUGCUUUUGAUAGGCAUUAGCCAUCCUCUAUCUAGUGAGUUGUAUUGAUAGUGUUUUGCUUUCUGCAAUGUACAGGUAGCUAUAGGUACUGUGUGUAAACUUUUGAAACAUCUGAUUA